UGUCUUUCUACUAAACCUCUCUUUCUUCUCUCUCCCCUCUGCUCCUUAUCCUCACAACUCUCCUCUGAAGCCCUCUCUUUCAAUUCUCAAUAUGUCUGCCUCAACCACGCCUAUCUUCAAGCCCUUAUCAAUGGCAGACUCCACCUCUCUACUUUCUCUACCCUCUAUCUUCACCACUACCACAAGGCCACCGCAUUCAUCUCUCUCUAUCUCUUCUCGGCCCCUCAAACUCCAUUUCUCACGCUCUCUAUCUUCACAAACUCUAUCUCUUAACCUCAAGAAAAACACCAAUUUCUCUCACUUCACCACCUUUGUCUCCUCUGAUUGGUCCAAUCAAGAAGAAGACAUCAGCAACACCACCGUCACUCUGGAACAAGAUCAAGAAGAGCCCUCUUGGGAAAAUCAGGAAACCAAUGGGACCGAAGCAAAUGUAUCAGAUUGGGAACCUGAAGGGGAAGACACAGCGAUUGAGGCAAGUGAAGGCCAGGGAGAGAGUAGUGAAGAGGUCUUUGCCGAACCACCUGAGGAAGCCAAGUUAUUUGUUGGGAAUUUGCCAUAUGAUGUUGAUAGUCAGAAGCUUGCUAUGCUUUUUGAAAAGGCUGGAACUGUUGAGAUUGCUGAGGUUAUUUACAACAGGGAAACUGACCGGAGUCGUGGCUUCGGGUUUGUGACAAUGAGUACUGUUGAGGAAGCUGAAAAGGCUGUGGAAACUCUUAACAGCUACGAUUUAGAUGGAAGGCUACUGACUGUAAAUAAGGCAGCUCCCAGAGGAACAGAGCCAGAACGCCCCCCUCGUGUAUUUGAACCUGCUUUUAGAAUCUAUGUGGGCAACCUACCUUGGGAAGUGGAUAAUGCUCGUCUAGAGCAAGUUUUUAGUGAACAUGGUAAGGUCGUAAGUGCACGGGUAGUUUAUGACAGGGAGACUGGUCGUUCACGUGGUUUUGGCUUUGUAACCAUGUCCAACGAAACUGAAUUGAAUGAUGCCAUUGCUGCUCUUGAUGGACAGAAUCUGGAUGGGAGGGCAAUCAGAGUAAAUGUUGCCGAGGAAAGACAAAGGCGCUCCUUUUAACCUAAGAGAUGACAUAGGUGUCUAGUGGCCGUUUCUUUUGAUUACUUCCUUUCUCCCUCAUUUCCUUUUUGCUUUGUUUUCUUAACUAUUUUGGAAUGAGAUUUACAGUGUUGAGGUUCUUCCAGCUGGUUCAUGGAAAUUUUUCAUAUGGAGCAAAAGUAGAAGUUUCUGUACCUCUGGUUCUUUGAAAUUUGUCACAUACUCUGUAAAAUAUGAUUGACUGUGAUAAUUUUUUUACAAAGGUAUUUGUUUUCAGUGU